AACACAGCACCGCCACCGCUGUGACUGAACGGCUGGAGAGAGAGAGAGAGAGAGAGGGAGGAAGAGAGACAGAGAGCGGCAAGAGCGGGGAGAAACGGUCCGGGGACAGGGGGAUGAUUGCCGCAGACGGGGAAGAGAAGAAAGUCGGAUGAAUCAAUGACCUUUUGAGCGCUCUUCCUCUGGAUGUCCCGGCGCAGAAACGGACCGGAGAGGUUUAAUUUAGGCUUUUUAACAAGAAAAUCGCCGAGCUUUGAAAAUUCACCGACUGGAAUUAGCUAAGGCCAAUUGUGGACAGCCGGCAGCCAAGGAGGAAGUGGGAACCCCCGGGCUUGAACUGGGCCUGAUUUUUGUAUAGUCCGCUUCUGGUGAGAAGGCACUACUUUGUGUCAGUUUCCAGCUCCGCUGAGAGCAACAGGAUUUCGAACGGAAAAAAACUUGAAAUGUGGCUUUUGACGGAAGUCACUGCUCAUAUGCGACUUUGAAACAUAUCGGGCUUUUUUCUCCUUCUUCUUCUUCUUACAUCGGAAUCCAUUGGAUCAUGAAAACAGACCCCCACUCAAGUCUGUGAGGGCUCCAUACACACUGCUUCUUCUGAAUGCUCAGGUCAGAUCACCACAGACCAGCUAACUGUACUGUACAAACUUGCAAGCCACCACCUUUUGAACAUUGACACUUGUGUCAGCCCACCGCUGCCAUCACGUGGAGGACUUUCAGUAGCAACACAUUGAAACUGUAACUUCUCAGUGAUAUAUCCCCCCCCCCUAUUUUCUUCUCAUUGGAGAAGCUUCACUAUAUCUUCUAAAGAAGUAUUUAUGAACAGAAAACAAGAUGGGGAAAAUGCUUUCAAAGAUCUUUGGCAACAAGGAGAUGAGAAUAUUGAUGCUUGGACUUGAUGCUGCUGGGAAAACUACCAUCCUGUACAAGCUGAAGCUGGGACAGUCAGUCACCACCAUCCCCACUGUUGGUUUCAACGUGGAGACUGUCACCUAUAAGAAUGUGAAGUUCAAUGUGUGGGACGUGGGGGGACAAGAUAAGAUCAGGCCGCUCUGGAGACAUUACUACACGGGCACCCAGGGGCUCAUUUUUGUGGUGGACUGUGCCGACAGGGAUAGGAUCGACGAGGCGAGGCAGGAGCUCCACCGCAUCAUCAACGACCGAGAGAUGCGGGACGCCAUCAUCCUUAUCUUCGCCAACAAGCAGGACCUCCCAGAUGCCAUGAAACCACACGAGAUCCAGGAGAAGCUGGGCCUGACGCGGAUCAGAGAUAGGAAUUGGUACGUUCAGCCUUCGUGUGCGACGACAGGGGACGGACUCUACGAGGGCCUGACCUGGCUUACCUCAAAUUAUAAGUCUUAAUGUUUCCCUCCCUUCCUCCUCCUUUCUCACCAGCCUGGACACUUGGAGGCAAAAGAAGUAGCUGAGAAUGAAAAAUAAUAAGUAAAAAGAAAAAAAGAUGCAAUCUGAAGCAAUUAAUACCAUGACCCCUCUGCUGAGUAUGUAUCAAAGAGGGUAGCAUUUACUUCUAGUUUUCUUUCUUUCUCUUUUUUUGGAUAAUGUUGACAUCACUAUAAUCACAGAUUUCAUUUAAGCAAAAAACCAACAUAUUUCUUGGCUUUUUUUUUCUUUGUAGCUUGCUUUGGUUCACACUCUGUAUAACCAGCACUGUUUAAAUAUACAGUACGCUUUCUUUUACAGCAAAUUCUUUAUUUUUUAACUCCUUGUUUUUGUUUUUUUGUGUAAUUUUUUUUCAGGGGACUAUGGGGGACACAUUUAUAUUUUCGCCCCAUGCUUAACCCUCAUUCAGUAUUCUCAGUCAUCACCCAGCUACAUAUCCAAAGGAUGGGGAAAGUCCAAAAAGACAAAAAACAAAUGAAAAAAAAAAGCCCAUUGCCUAGCACAACCGCAUAUCACCUUCAUUGGUCGAAGUUGCCGCUGUAAUUUGUAAGAAUGCGUGUUUAUGAAUAUGUUAGGACCUUCCUUUUGUAUUCGAUUGUACUGGGAUGAAUGAGGACGUGUUAGUUACUUAUUUCAUGUGCAGUGAUUCCAUCCAUAAUGUCUACUGUGGCGGUUUGUUCGAAAGACACUAUGUGGACGCUUGAUAUUCUGACACACACACGUACACACUGUGAUAUGGAUAUAUCUAUACAUUUUGUUGUUUCAGGGUUUGAAUCUGUUACAACCAGUCUUAUCGUUUCCUCUCGAGCUUCCGUUACUGUUGAGUGUUUGUAGUUUCGGCUGCCUUAAGAGGGACCCGAGUUACAGGUGUCCCCACACCCCCCUCCCAAAAUCAAGACAGCAGAAGGUAUUCUUAGUCGCUGAGUUUGCACUGCAGGACAGA